AUGAAUGAAGAGAAAAUGUAUCGUGUUGGAAAGUAUAGCAGCCUUUUGGACGAAUAUCUCAACGAUAUGAACGACAUUCAAUUCAGCAUUCCAAAAGAACUUCAAGCUGAAAAAGAGCGAAUCGAGCUGCAAAAAGAAGUCGAAAAAGCGAAGCAAGAAAAUCGCGAAUAUACUCCCCCAGCUCGAUCUUAUUCGACCGAAUUUACGAAACAGUUUCUGCCAGGGCCAGAUCCAUCUAUUCCAGAUACGGAAGAUAUGGAGAGGCUCAAUGGAAGUUUAAUGCUUCCCGAAAUGGAAGAAAUUAUGCCGGAUAUCAACGCUCCUUUCUCAGAGUUUGACUUGGCGCGUAUUGACGAGAGAUUGCGAACGCUCGGCAUCGACCCUUCUCUAGCUUCUAUCGGUGAGUCGGACAACGACGAUUCCACAAUCAACGGAAAAGACCUUGAGUCGCAAGAAGUCGAUCUUUAA